AAUAAUAAUAAUAAUAAUGAUAAUAAUAAUGAAGAGGAAGAAGAUAAAUCAGUAGAUUAUGAAGAUCCUUUUAAACAACCAGGAAUCAAUCGAUCAAGAUCAAGACAUGCACGUGCAACAUCAUCAUGUUUAUCACAACUCUAUUAUAAAUGUGCAUUCAUAUACUUUAGUGAUGUGAAUGGUGCACUUCAAUAUGUACACAAGAACACCAGGCAGAACCUAAAGAGUGUCUUCAUGGGUCUCGCCACUGUCUUCCUCGUCGUAAUGUUCCUCACAUGUCUUCAGAACUUGAUUCAGAAUACACCUAUUGUAUUCUUAAAGUUGGCUGAGGAUCAGACUGGUGAAUUUGACUUGGUGCUAACAGGCGACCCGACACCAUUGCUCAAUCAGUGGUCUCACGAGAGCCGCUCAGAUCCAAUGGAGUACCUCAACUCAUUCACUCUAGCACCAUUCUUCCUCAACUCUACGAUGAUUACAAGAGAGUUAGCCAAUGCUACUACAGUGGAUGGCGUGGCGCCACGAUGGGAAUCAAUCGCAAACAUAAGAUCGCCAGCCACAAACAUAUCAUCACCUCUGAUCGUGUUGGCGAUGAACUCGACGCUGGAACAACAGCUGGGGUUGGGUCGAGGCUGGACCUUGCCGCCACUGAUAGGCAAUCAAGCAUACUUCUCCAGCACGUUCCUGCGGCGUAUUCAGGUCGAACCCAAUCAACAAAACGUCGUACAUAUGAGGAUGGACUUUAUCGACACUCUUGAUCGACUGAGUGCCGCCACACUCAUACCGACACUAAGUGACAUCGAGAAGAUGAUCGUCAACUACACCGGCGUACCCAUACCACCCAGCAUUGACAUCAGUCAACUGAUUACCAUUCUCCAGUUCCAGUAUCCAGUGAUGGGAGCGAUUGAGUCCCCAGGCGGCAAGUAUCCUUCACAGCUUGGUAAUGUAGCAGUGUUGGAGAGUGACUUUGUGGACAAGGUGUUGAGGGAUCACAUCAACUCAACGUAUCAAAGUAUGGACAAUACAUUAUUGUUUGUGGAGCAGAUCAUGAAUGCGACAUUCCCAAUCUUCUUCCCAACCUACAACAUAACAAACAUACUUCAACCAUUCAACAUCUUCCAAACCAAGUUUAAGCAGUUUGCCAAAGACUUCCAACUUAAUGACUACUCAAUGACUCCAAUAGUGAUGCUACAUAAUCGAGUGGAUGUAUACUCAUCACCUAAUGAGCAGGAUAUCAAACGAUCAUUGAUGGAGUUCACUAAUCAGGUGUCAACAUGCAUUGGUUACAAUUAUCCAGCGAUAUUUACAACACCUUUGGCAUCUGCACUCAAUAUGUUUAUGUAUCCAAAGAUGUCAUUGGACCAGAUAUUCAAUUGUGUGGCAGCAGUAUUAUUGGUGCUUGGCGCAUUAAUGAUAUACAGUCUACUCCUCAGCGAUGUAGAGGGCAAGACAUUCGAGUAUGGCAUGUUACGUGCACAAGGUAUGCGCCAUCACACCCUGAUCAUCCUGUUGCUGGUCCAGUCACUUUACUUCAGCAUCCCGGGUAUCCUCCUCGGUCUGAUCUUUGGCUGGGUUUGCUACGCUGUGGUCGCGCACUUUAUAUACCAGUUCGUGAUCCUUCCUGUAAACCUCGACCUCCAUGGCCAAGCUGUGCUGGUCGGCGUGGUGAUGGGCCUGCUGCUGCCCAUCCUGGCCAACAUUGUGCCUAUCCAACGAGCACUAAGCAAGACUCUGCGUGAUGCCCUGGACAUCUACCACCAAGUCAAGUCCGAGACAAUGGUCAAGUUCCAGAAGCUAGAGUCCAUUGGCUUCAAUCCAUUGCACACAGUGAUCUCAAUCAUAUGCGUGGCUUGUGGCUUCGCCGUCUACUACCUGAUACCACUCAGCUUCAUCUUUAGUGACAUGUCUUUGUUCUUUGGCGUGCUAACCGCCAUCCUCCUAGCCAUGCUAUUUGGACUGGCGCUGCUCGCACAGUCUGUGCAGUCACUCCUCGAACGCCUGUUCCUUGCCCUGUUGGUGUGGGGACCCGACCGCCGCACACUCUACAGUCUGAUCAGAAAGAACCUAUCAUCUCAUCGUGGUCGCAAUGCCAAAACAUCAAUGAUGUUUACAAUCUGUCUCACAUUCAUCAUCUUCACUGGAUGUGUGUUCCGUCUUCAAGGCCACAACAUCCAGCAACUUGUACGACUGGGUGUCGGAUCUGACAUCGCAGUCAUCAGCACCAACUCAGAGUUUGAGCUGCCUCAAGACGAUUUGCGUGCAUUCCUCAACAAUGAGUUGGUGAACAACUCGGCCACAACAGCAGUGAUGUCAUACUCAUUCGCCACAUUCAGUCUGGACAAUGUGAUGAAUAUAGUAUCAACGACACUCUAUCCACUGGCACAAUACCCCUCGGCCCAGGUCAAGGUGUACGGCAUCGAGCCCAACUAUCUUGACACGGCCUAUCUCGACUUUUAUCGGAUCACCAAGACCAAUCCGCGACUUGUAUUCCCACAAUACCUCAAGCGACCAGACAUCAUCAGGAGUCUCUACGUCAAUGAGCAUAAGGAUGUCAUAACACUGGACCCCAACAACAAGAUAACUCCACCACCCGAUGUGAUCUCCAAUGGCAGCCAACCAAACAUAUCAUGGUCCUCAUCAAUUCCAUCAAACAACUAUAUCUACCGCAACUACACAGACAUGGUUCUAUCCGAUGCCUUUGCGCUCUAUGUUGGCGCGGACACAAACACUCCAUUCAGCCUGGACAUACUCUUUGAUCAGGCACCCGACGGCGUCAACAACACGGUCAAGCUGCUGGCCAAGCCUCAGUCGAUGGUGUCCAUGUUCCCCUCGUUCUUCUUCUCGAGCUACUCCCAGACCGUUGCCAACUCACCCGUGCUCAUAAGCAUCGACCAGUUCAAAGAGACCAUGCGGCUCGUGCACAACCUCACUGUCGACCCCACGGUCGUGCUGCCCGACCAGACGCCCAAGUCGCGUCUGCUGAUCCGACUCAAGCCCAACACAUCGCAGUCGGCGCGCGAGUUCAUUGUCAAUGGCUGCAAGAACUUCCUCAAGUCCGACUCGAUCCAAGUGCUCGACACAGCGUACCUGCUGGCGACCACCGUCACGGCCGUCCAGCUGCUCGAGCUGUUCUUCUACACGGUGUCGGGCAUAUCGAUCGUGCUGUGUUUCUUUAUGCUCUCAGUGUCAUUCGCCGCCAACAUCCAUGAGAAUGCUUGGGAGUUCAGUGUAUUGAGAUCGAUUGGAUUGACUGGAUUCCAAGUGAAACGAAUUUACAUCUACGAGGCAUUGGUGUUGAUCAUUUGCUCCGUUGCACUUGGACUGUUCAUUGGACUUGGUGUGGCGAUCACCCUUACACUACAAUUCGACCUAUUCACUCAACUACCAUUCUCGUUCCAAUUCCCCUACUAUUGGUUCUUUGGUGUCAUCCUCUCAUCAAUCAUAAUUUCAAUAUUCGUUUCCAGUCGAGUAUCCAAUCAUUAUUCAUCCAAACAAAUUGCAUCAUUAUUAAAAGGUAAAUAA